UCUCAUUUAAUCAUUAUUUCUAAACAAUUGAAGAGCACUUACUUGAAAAUUAUUAGAAAACAUGAACAAAGAUACUAAAAAAACAUAAAGUUACAGUAGCCUUUAUCAAACUUGUUAAAGAUGUCUUUUAAGAUUACAUACAUAUUUAAGGUUCCAUAUAAAAUAUCCAUUUAUAUUAAACAAAUAGUUCUUAAAACAUUCCAUGGUGAACUAAAUAAAAUUUUACCAUAUUAAAGACCCUAUUUGAGUUUUUGGCUACAAAAUUAACUUUACAUUAGUGAGGAUACCUAAAAUGGAAUUUUUUACGCGCC